ACAUCCAGAAAGACCGGAGUUGACUGUUUGGGGAGAUGCGUCUCGGCUCUGCCACCACCAAGCAGUCUUACUUUCAGUUUAUGUGAAGAGCAAAAAAAUUAUAAUAUUAACAAUGAUGCGCUUGUAAGCGACAGUGCGACAGAAAUCCGGGGAGUGGAUGAAUUUACCGAUGAGAGAGCCAGUUAUUCCGGGGACAAGUAUGGCUUAUCAUCCGUUCUUACCUCACCGGGCACCGGACUUUGCGAUGAGUGCUGUGCUGGGACAUCAGCCUCCUUUCUUCCCGGCUCUCGCCCUGCCUCCGACCGGCUCGGCCGCUCUCACACUCCCGGGCGGACUCAGCAAGCCCGUUAUGGAUCAGCUUGUGAGCGCAGGUGAGGCUGGGAUCGCUUUGUCGGCAAUGGGCCACCAGCCCUCGCAUCUGAGGCCUCUUAAGACUCUGGAGCCCGAGGAAGAAGUGGAAGACGAUCCGAAAGUUAUACUCGAAGCUAAAGAUUUGUGGGAUCAGUUUCACAAGUGUGGCACUGAAAUGGUUAUCACCAAAUCUGGAAGGAGAAUGUUCCCGCCAUUUAAAGUUAGAUGCACGGGUCUGGAUAAGAAGGCCAAAUAUAUUUUGCUAAUGGAUAUUGUGGCGGCAGAUGACUGUAGGUACAAAUUCCACAACUCACGCUGGAUGGUAGCCGGAAAAGCUGACCCUGAAAUGCCAAAGCGAAUGUACAUUCAUCCUGAUAGUCCCGCUACUGGUGAGCAAUGGAUGUCUAAAGUCGUCACUUUUCACAAACUGAAGCUGACAAACAACAUUUCAGAUAAACAUGGAUUUACUAUUUUGAACUCCAUGCACAAGUAUCAACCUAGAUUUCACAUAGUUCGUGCGAACGACAUUUUGAAACUUCCUUACAGUACUUUCCGGACAUAUGUGUUCCCUGAAACAGAAUUCAUUGCGGUGACUGCGUACCAAAAUGAUAAGAUAACCCAGUUAAAAAUCGACAACAAUCCAUUUGCCAAAGGCUUUCGUGACACGGGAAAUGGGAGAAGAGAGAAGAGAAAACAGUUGGCAAUUCAAUCCCUCCGAGUCUAUGAAGAACAGCAGAAGGGUAACAAAGAGAAUGGGACAUCGGACGAUUCUUCCAGCGAGCAGCCGGCUUUCAAAUGCUUCGGUCAGUCCACGUCCCCCGCUCUUUCCACUCCGGGAACUGCGAACUUAAAAGUUCCAGGUGCUUUGCAAAGCGAUGAAGAAGAAAGCGACCUGGAGAGUAAAGAGGACCUCGUUCCGGAAGGGAAUGACUCAGGAAAAUUGUCGACCGCCAGCGAGGAGCGAAAGGAGGAACGCAAUUCCGCCAAAUCGCAUCCACGCCCAUCGGACUCUGUGAGCAGAAUCAGAGAACAUGAAAGCUCCAGGACUGAUAAGAGCUUGACCGAUUCGCAGCAGAGCCCGACAAACAUAUCCUCAAGCACCAGAGCCCUUAAUGGCGAGGGACCCGAGAUCAAAAGCCCAGUUCGAGACCAUCACCAGAAAGCGGAUGAUUCCAGUGUUUUAAACAAGGAGUCCUAUUCGCCCCUGACAGUCCAGACGGAUAGUAUCUCACACCUGAACCACGGACACUUACAGAACAUCGCCUUUUCUCAUAACUUAUCUGGCCAGCAGUUCUUUACCCCACUGGGCGCAGGACAUCCCCUUCUCUUGCACCCCAGCCAGUUUGCUAUGGGUGGGGCCUUCCCAAAUAUGGCAGCAGGUAUGGGUCACCUGUUGGCCUCAAUGUCGGGCACCGCGGGCGGGAUCAGCGGCCUGGACACACUUGUUUCCUCACAGCAGGGACUACCUGGUGGAUCAGCGGCAACUCUACCGUUUCACCUCCAACAACAUGUCCUGGCCUCUCAGGGCCUUGCGAUGUCACCUUUUGGUAGCCUUUUCCCCUAUCCUUAUACCUACAUGGCCGCUGCAGCCGCGGCUUCCAUGCCUGGUGGAGUCCCAUCAUCUGUCGCGUCCUCUGUGCACCGUCACCCCUUCCUCAGUGCAGUCCGGCCUCGCUUGAGGUAUAGCCCUUACACGUUCCCCGUGCCCGGGAUGGACACUAGCAGCUUGCUGACCACCGCCGUUCCAACCAUGGCCACCGCAGGCGAGACGAAGGUGAACAGUAUGGCAACCAGCCCCGUGUCAGCCGGCCUGGACUCGGGGUCUGAAGUGAACAGCAGGUCCUCGACCCUCUCCUCGGGAUCGGUCUCCCUGUCGCCGAAACAGUGUUCAGAGAAAGAAACGCCCAACCAACUCCAGAACAUACAGCGCCUGGUCAGCGGACUAGAAACCAAACAAGAUCGGUCAAGUAGGAGCGGCUCCCCUUGAUAGGAAAGGUGAUAUCCGAAAGCCAGGAAAAGGGCUUUGCAUGUCACACACGUACAGCCUUGUUUCUUUUUUAUUGCUAGUGUAGAGCCUUGAUAUUAUCGAGUUUCCCAACUUAUCAAAAAAAAAGUAGCCGAACAGUGGAAGAUGGGAGUCUCCAGGCACCAUCUCUAGUUUCGUUUGUAGCCGUCAAUCUGCUUUUCAUAUAUAUGCAAUAACAGAAAGAAACGGAGACCUAUUAUAAAGUAUUUAUGUAAUUAUUUGAUAACAUGUGUAAAUAUACUGAAAUUAGAAUACUCGAAAUUAUACUUUAAUUUAUUGUUGGUGUACAUACAUCUGUAUAUAAGGCUCCAAGCCUUUGUUCGUGCCUCAUAGUCAUUUCAACACAACUCCUUAUUAACUAGAGUGCCCACAUCGUUACCACUAUUUUACCUAGCAAUGUGUUAUCAUGCUACAUUAAAACAAAACCUUUGUAGAUUCCGAGUACAAGACGUGCCAUUUUUGUUUAGCUUUUACCAUUGUUUCAGUGUUAAAGUGCUAUUGUCUAGAGUAAGGAAUAAGAGCUCACCAGUUGCUUGAGAAGUAAUGAAGACGCUUUCGGGGUUUUUUUUUGGUGUGUCAAAAUGAACGGAAAUUUUAUGCUUACAGCUUGAAAGUGCCGAGAGUUGAAAACAAAAUAAAUGAAGGUAUAUUUUGUGUUAUAAAAUGUUGAAAGUUCUUGGUUUUCUUGUACUAUUUUUGUUUUCGCUUUGAAGUUCUCAAAAAGUUUCAAUAAAUUUUUAUCCAAG